CCAUCCUUCCUAUAUACACUACAUAAAAAGCCAAAACAACGUCAGAGCUACUACUCUUCCCCUCUUCACUCUUUCCUCUACUGUGUGACUGUGUGUGAGAUGCAGUGAGCAACCCCCAAGACCUCCAUCUAUCCUCUUUCUGCGUGUGUUUCUUUGAAGCUAUAAGGUCCUAGUUUGUUUGUCUGUGAAAUGGAAACAACAAAGAUGAAAUUGCAGAAGAUUGGUGGUUGUGGCGGUGAAGGUGGUGGAGCUAUCCUUACACCACCCUCUAAUCAUUCACGCCGUGGAAGCUCCGGCAGGCCCUCUUGGCUUCUCUUCACCAUCGCCGAUUUUGACGAGAGAAUGAAGAUGUUGGCAGUGAAUGUUUCUGAAGAAGACAGUGCUGACAGUUUUGCAAAACGAGCUGAGGAGUAUUAUCAGAAGCGCCCUCAGCUGCUGGCCUUGCUUCAAGAACUGUACAAUGGUUACGUCGCAUUAGCAGACCGCUACUGCCAAGCCCUUGCCAAGAACAAUCAUCACAGGCGCCGAUAUUCGUCUCCCAUUUCGCCCUUCAAUUUCAAUGAGAAUGAUCAGUUUGAUGAGGAGGAUUCAGGAGAUGUUAUUGACUCUGAUGAUGCCGCUAGUUCUCUGUCUUACCAGACUCCCUUUCCAGCAGCAGCAGCACUGGAUCCCGAUAUGAUCGUAGCAGACCUGGUCAUGAAAUCUGUCGACUGUGAUCUCAUCUUAAAUGAGCUCAUUGUCAUGGAGAGGAAGUCGGGCGAGUCCUCGAGGAAAAUAGAGUUGCAGAAGAGCUUGUUGGAUGUGUUGGAGUCGGAGAGGCUGAUACUACUGAAUGAGAAUGCCAGUUUAGUUUACAGAGUGAAUGCAUUGCUGGAAGAGAAUAAAGGGUUGACUUCAGAAUCUUUGUUUAUGAAAAGAAAGGCUGCUGAUCUUGCAAGGUGUGUGCUAAAGAUGAGGGAAGAUCACAGGGUGUGCAUGCUGAGUCGAAAAAUCGAGGAUCUUCAAGGGCAGAUAUGUGGUUUAGAGAAGAAAAACAAGGAUUAUUAUGAUCAGCUUGUCAAACAUGAAGAAGAGAAGAAAAGUAAGGCCAUCACGGCGAAGACUAACAGUAAGAGUCCAGCUGAGGUGACUCUGGAAGACUGCUUUCAUGUGAAUGAAGAUGUUUCUUGCUUUGGUAGUCUGGCCAAUAUGAAGAAAGGUUGUCUGCCUACUAAUGGGAGCAUCAAUCGAGGGAGGAGGGCUUCAAGGCUAUGGAACAGGGUCAAGAAGAUUGAUUUCUUUCUCUGUGUACCCCAUGUCAACUCUACAUAAUGCAACGCAGAAAGAGCAUUUCUGCAGGUAUGAUUGGGAGAAAGAUAGCAGUAUAUAUCCUAGUAGUAUGAAAUGUUUUUGAUAGGUGCAUUCAGUACUGUUUACAGACUACCCAUAUUUCCCUUCCAUGUCAUUAGUCACUAUUAGCUUGACAUAUGUAGGAGGAAGUACUUCUUCAACUCUAAGAGCGUUAUUGAUGUAAGGGGAAAAAGAUUGAUGCAAGUUCAUCUCUAUAUUUAUGGCAAAUAUUUUGAAGAGUAAUGGAAAAACUACCAUCAUAUGGAAAA